AGGGGCAGAAGAAGAAGGCAGCUCCAGCUCUAACGACAGCUGAUCCUUUAAUCCACUUUCCCCUACGCUUGCCUUUUGAGCGUUAUAAAGUUCUUAAAAUCAAGAAAUGAUGUGAAAAUAUCAUCACAGGAGUCUAUAAGGAAGAUAUACAAGAUAAGCAGCUAAGCGGAGACGAGUAUUAUAGUGACGCUUUACACACGUGUACGAGCGAGAGAUGGAGCAGAGGGUGGUGGAUAGCCCAGUGGUCCUGGUCAUUAAAGCUCCUGAUCAGAAGUACGACGACCAAACCAUCAGCUGCUUCCUCAACUGGACGGUGGAGAAACUGAAGAGCCACCUUUCCAACGUUUAUCCCAGCAAACCUCGCUCGAAGGAUCAGAGGUUGGUGUACUCUGGGAAGCUCCUCCAGGAUCACUGUAAGCUCCGGGAUGUGCUCAGAAAGCAGGAUGAGUUCCACAUGUUGCAUCUGGUGUGUGCUUCACGCAGCCCUCCCCCCUCACCGGCCACACGCAGGAGAAACGGCAGCAGCAACCAGAUGACAAACUCUAACAGCUCUGGAAGUCCCGCCCCUAGAGACAACGUCCAAUCUGCUUCCUUGGAAGAGGCUCCUGAUAGACUGAGUCUGAGCUCUAGUUCCAGCUCCAGUGCCCAGCCAUCAUCACAUAGGUCAGCGUGGACUCAGUGGUUUAACCAGCAACAACAGAACAUCAACACGCCACACUACCCCAUGUACAACCCCCACACCCUGCUGUGGUGGCAGCAGCUCUACACCUGGCACUGCCACAUGACCUAUCAAACGUGGGUCACCUCUCUCAGACAAUCCCAGCAGUCAGCCGCACCCCCAGUUCCCCCUAUCAGAGAGGUGCAGGUUGUUGCCCGUGACAACCCUCAGAAUGAUCCAGUUGGGGCGGGGCUGAACGAGGAGGAUCUGAACCGUGAUUGGCUGGACUGGGUAUAUGCAGCGUCUCGAGCAGUCGUCCUCCUCAGCCUCGUCUAUUUCUAUUCAUCUUUCAGCCGAUUCGUCAUGGUAACAGGAGCCAUGCUGCUACUCUACCUGCAUCAGGCUGGUUGGUUACCCUUUAACCUGGACAACGAGUUGCAGGACCUCGCUGAACCGGCCAAUCACAAUCAGGAUGAGCCAAAUGCAAACAAUCCCAACAACAUGGAUCGGCCAGCAGACGAAGGUGAGGAUGAGGAAGUGCAGCGAGAGAGAUCUGAUGAUGAUGACGACGACGACGAGGAUGAUGAUGAUGCUGAGGAGGAUGAGGGAUGGGUGAACAUGGGAUUCCUCUCCUCCACUUGGUCGUUCAUCACCACCUUCUUCGCAUCCCUGAUUCCCGAGGCUGUUCCCAACGCAGUGAACUGACCCUGAGAAAUCUCUCCAUGUCUUCAGCAACCCGACAGAAACGAUAAAGGACUUGAGCAGAGGACAUCAUGUCAGGACAGAUCUCACCAAAUAUGUCUGAUGGGAAGCUGUGAGUGUUGUAAACAAACGUCACACACGUUUUUUUCAGUGUUUCAUGAACAUAUUAUGAAGACUGAUCCUCAACCAUAUGAGAAGUGGCUCAAACCGUGGACUUGUUAGAUUUUAAAAUUGCAUUUUAUGCAAAUGCACUUGCGUGUUUCUGUUCUUUUAACAUGUCAUUCAGAAUCCUUCUUGGAGCCUCAAAGAGGGACGAAGAACAAACGGCGUCCAUGCACUUUAUUUCUAAAAACAAGAAGAAAACCUGUUUUUGUGUGUGAGUGUGAGCAUGUGUGUGUGUGUUUCUUAACAAGCGCUGUCCCACUUUCCCCUAUUUUUAAACACGAAGUGUGCUGCUGAUAAUAGAACGUGUUUUUCAGCAUUUUUGAGGUUCGUUUUUAAGCCUUCACGUACUUGUUCAUGGAUCAUGUUGCAUUGUCUCUAUUCAGCCAAAGGCUUUUCACAAACAGUUGAAAAAAAACCCAAGGAAGUCAGAGCUUUUCUGAGAACCAAAGCCUUUCUUCCUGGAAUGAAAGAGACUUGUGUGCGUUUCAGUGAAAAUUCUACGGUGUAAUUUGUGUCUUUUUGCAAUUUUUAAUGAUUACAGAGCAUGGUUAUGCACUAAGUGCUUUAGUUUGAGUGUAGUUUGGUUUACGGCCCAUGUAAAGGAAUUGGGAAGGAAAACGAACUUGACACGUUUAAAUUCUGUGAAUGCAAGAUUCAUCCAUCCAUCCAUUAUCUGUAGCUGCUUAUUCUGUACAGGGUCACAGACAAGCUGGAGCCUAUCCCAGCUGACUGUGUGAGAGGCGGGGUACACCCUGGACAAGUCGCCAGGUCAUCACAGGGCUGACACAUAGACACAGACAACCAUUCACACUCACAUUCACA